AUCAUGGAAGUUGUCUUGGGAAAACAGCCUUUGACAGGACCAAAACUGCCCAGGAUGCCCGACGGCCUGAUAAAACUGACCACGGUAAAACUGAACCACAGGCUUAGGGCUCUGUUUAUCCUACAGUUUGUGUUCUUUGCCUCUGUCUUGUUCUGCUGGAGAACUGGGGAGGAUGCUAAGAGCCAGCUCUACAGCCUGAUGACACAAAGCAGGUCUAAGCAGUUUUUGCCUCGCCUUCUCCAUCCUAUUGCUGGUGGGCCCCCUCCUUCCCCAGGGGAUGUGUUUUUUGUGGAGACCUCGGAGCAAACUAACCCAGCUUACCUCUUCACAUGCUCUGUGGAGUCAGUGGCGAGGACACACCCUGGGACAAGGGUUGUGGUGCUCACGAAGGGCUUGGCAAAUGGCAACACCUCGUUACCCAACUACUGGUCCUUCUCCUUGCUGAGCUCCUUCCCCAAUGUGGCAAUAGAGCCCCUGGACUCGACAGAGCUUUUCUCUGGAACAUCUCUGGCAAAGUGGUAUGUGCAGGCUCAGCAGUGCUCGGAACCUUAUGUUGCCACCAUGUGGAAAUUUGGUGGCAUCUACCUGGACACUGACUUCAUCGUGCUUAAGAACUUAAAGAACCUCACCAAUGCCCUUGGUGCCCAGUCUCAGGAUCUACUGAAUGGGGCCUUUCUAUCCUUUAAACCUGAGCAUGAGUUCAUGGAGCUUUGCAUGCAGGACUUUGUGGACAACUACAAUGGCUGGAUUGUCUUCAAGAAGUGGUGCUCCAUCAGUGAUAUCCAGAACAUUAUGAGCUGCAAAGGUGUGAGUGCUCUUUACUCAGAAACAAUUUAUCCUAUUCACUGGAUGAAGAAGGACUCUGAAGAGCAGUCAAGGCCUGCAAUAUGA